UGGAGCUGAACACCUGAAGUAAGACUUAAAGUCUGAAACUUGGUGAUCUUAGAGGAGUUUGAACAUGGCUCUCCAAAAGCUUCUUGGUUACGUUGCCUUCAUCAUUCUCAUAUGCCAUGAUUGUCAAUCACAGCAGCCAGAAUGUGGUUAUGUGGCUACAAAAACCAGAAUUGUUGGGGGUCAGGAUGCAUCCCCAGGUCGUUGGCCCUGGCAGGCAAGCUUACAGAAGGAUGGUUUCUCUUUCUGUGGAGGAUCACUGAUCACCGACCAGUGGGUGCUGACUGCUGCGCACUGCGUAGGCAGUGAUAUCCUCACUGCUGAAGUUCAUCUGGGUGUCUACAAUUUAUCGGAUUCCAACCCCAAUGAAGUGACUCGGAGGAUAGUAAUCGCCAACUGCCAUCCUGAUUACGAUCCUAUCACCAAUGACAAUGACAUGUGUCUGCUGAAGCUAUCAACCCCUGUCAAUUUUACAGACUACAUACAGCCCGUGUGCUUGGCCUCAGGAAACAGCACCUUUCAUGAUGGCACUACCAGCUGGGUCACUGGUUUUGGGGACCUUGGUAAUGGGAUGGCACCUGACAUCCUACAGGAGGUAGAACUACCAAUUGUGGGAAACAAUAAGUGCUCAUGCUACAAUCAAGACUUUUCCCCCAUCACAGAGAACAUGAUUUGUGCGGGUCUUGAUCUGGGUGGAAUGGACUCAUGUCAGGGAGAUUCAGGAGGACCACUGGUGAUGUACAAUGGACUUGUGUGGGUCCAGGGUGGAGUGGUGAGUUUUGGUGAUCGAUGUGCCAUUCCAAUGAGACCUGGUGUCUACGCUCGAGUGUCAGAGUAUGAGAGCUGGAUCAGUGUUACCGUCACUGGCAUGGAACCAGGCUUUGUUACCUUCACCUCGACAGGCACUGAUUUCGACUUGGAUUUUACCUGUUCUACCUUCAUGCCUCCCCCCACUGAUGAUAGUAUUUUUGCCAGUGGUAAAAACCUGGGUCACUUCACUCACUUUGUGGCUCUGUCUGCUCUUGCUCUGCUUUUCCAUGUCUAUGUUGGCAGUGGUGGAAUAUAAAUGUUGCAUAUUGAUAUGUGCAAUGUACACAUAUGAGUAUGGCCCCUUUUCACUUUGUGGUUUCCUUUUCUACAGUUGUAGCCACUUGAAUUGUGCUAAUUUUAGAAAUGUUUACACAAAGGAUUUGACUAGAAUCUAAUCUCCAAUACUAUAAUCUUAGUUUGUAACCCUGUAUUCAAUCCAAAUGAAACAUUAUAACUAAUCCAGCGCUAUUAUAUGGCUGUUAUAAUCACAUAUGGGCCGAUUUACAUUGAUUUGUCAAUAACUGAUGUACUUUCAAUCAAACCUCUUACAUGUUUCUUUUUACAGUAAUUUAUAACUAAAAAUAAAUGUCUCUUUGAAACUGGA